GAGACAAAAUUAAUCAGUUGAAACUAUUAAUUAUGGUGAGAGAUUAUGUAAUCCCGAUAACUGCGUCUCCCCACUAUUCACGUUUCAUAUCCCCUCGUUUCAUCUCUCUUCUUCCCCCUCAUUCCACGUUUUCUUCUUUUGCAAUUCCUCCAUAGUUAAUCGACGGUGAUCCUCUGCAGCGACGGCGUCAGCGAAUCCUCGUCGGCGGCUUCAUGAGUUAUGUGCGACAAAGUGGGAAAGCUUCGGUGCAGUCAUCUGAAGGAAAACAUCAAUCAAAGGGUAAAGUUGUAGAUGAGGGUGAGGGAAGUGGGAAGCGGACUAGAACAGUUGGAAAGCAGUCAAAAUCUGUGCAGUCCAUGCCCAUACAAGCCGACAGAACACAACUAAGGAUCAAGAGAACAGCGCGUUUUUUCUUGCGGAUCCUGAAGUCUCUCAAUGAAAAGCAGAAAGCUGCAGUCAGGCAGCUCGGCUUUGGUGAUCUUCUCGAGUACGAUGUGGCAUCUAUUCCAACAACAUUAGCCUAUUGGCUACUGGAGCAUUUUGACCACCUACGGUGCAGUCUCAAGCUGCCUAAUGGUGAUGAGUUAGGGAUUGACGCGAAAGAUGUUGAGCUUAUUUUUGGUUUCCCAAAUGGGGGGAUUACAUUUCAUCGAAGUGACCGAAUGACUGGCAUCAAAUACCUAGAAACCAUACCACUUGAGGAGGAUGUUGAUAUACAUUCUAUGCAGACGAAGGUCUUGGAUGUUGAUAUACCGAGAAACCAUACCACUUUGUUGACAUUCGUUUUAGAAAAAAAAUUGAAACUGCAUCAUUUUGUUGACAUUUGUUGUAGACGUGUUGACAAUUGUAGCUUAAAAAACUUGAAACAAAAUUGUAACUGCAUCGAUUUGUAUUCAGAAAAAAAUUUGAAUAUUCGUUUCAAAAUUGAGCAAAAUGUGGAUAUUCACCAAAUUGAAACUGCAUCAAUUACUCGAGCAUCAAAAAUUUCUUGA